AUGAAGCCAGUGCUUGACUCAAAGGCGAUUAAGGACAUUCUGGAUAAGCAUCUCCACAACGAAGGAAAGAUCUUCAGCAAGCAUAACGAAGGUAUUGUCCGCCUCAUCUCCAGCGAAAUCGGUGUCAAGAGUGAAAAGAUCAUCGAUUUCGAUCUGAGCUUCGCCGACAGCAACCCCGCUCAACUUACAGAAAAUCCCGGCAGUUUUAUCAACAUCGCUGCUCUUUUCGACCACGAGGAGUGCGGUUCUGAGUCAGCGCAGGGUGCAGGUUCCAACAUCGUGAUCCAAUCCCUCUACCGCAUCUACAAACUGCUAGCUACUGCUGAUGCUCCAGUAGACGGGUUCGAGCGCACCAUCCAGCGUUCCUUCCUCAUCUCUGCCGAUAUGGCCCACGCGGUGCACCCCAACUAUUCCGAGAAGCAUCAGUCCGCCCAUUCCGUCGGCAUCAACCAGGGCAUAGUCGCCAAGAUCAACUACAAUCAAAGAUACGCGACCGAUUUGGUCUCAGGAUCCCUCCUCAAGAUACUGGCUGAGAAAGAGCAUGUCCCUCUUCAAGAAUUCGUGGUAAGGAACGAUUCCCCUUGCGGAACCACCAUCGGUCCCAUCGUCUCCAGCAAGACUGGAAUCAAGACCGUGGACGUGGGUGCACCGAUGUGGGGCAUGCAUUCCAUCCGUGAAACCGGAGGAGUGUUGGAUGGAGCAUACUACCAGGACCUGUUUGUCAGUUUCUACAAGAACUUCGAGAAGAUCAACCAUGAUUUGCUCGAACAGUGA